AUGGCGGAAGGAGACACAGAAAUUACGUUUAAAAAGGAGACUGUUGGCAAACUUCUAUCCAGCUUCUUCAAGGAAGACAAAACCAGAUUGAGUGUAGAGGCCACACUACUAAUGGCGGAGAUGCUGAAAGUCUUUGUCCAAGAGGCGGCCGUGCGCUCUCUAAAACAAGCAGAACGCGAGGACUGCGACGAGGUGGACAUCGAGCACUUUGAAAAGAUCCUGCCUCAGCUGCUGAGUCAUGAGACUUUAGAGAGUCACGAGAGACACGAGCGGCCGAACAUGGCAAAGCGAGCUCAACUCAACGAGCAAAACAGUCUCAACAACAUCAUGUGCUACACUGGGGAGCUUCAGCGAGGGGCGGUGGGACGUGCGGCGGGGAAGAACUUCCUUGCGGCGGUCCCGCUGCCCUAA